UAUGCCCUAAAAGGAGAAAAGGUUCCUUUUCCAUUAUAUAAGCUCUUCAGUAGAUUAGGGCAAAGUAUGGGGGGUAAGCGCUUGGAUUUCCUCACAGCGAAGGCGCCGCCCGGCUACGUCGCUGGCUUGGGCCGCGGCGCCACCGGUUUCACCACUCGAUCGGAUAUCGGCCCCGCCAGAGCGGCGCCGGAGACCACCACCACCAGCUUUGGGCGGGGCAGGGGCAAAGCGGCGCCGCCGCCUAUUGGCGGCGGUGGGGCGGAGGAUGAGGAAGAUGAGCACGAGGUGAGCGGGUAUGGCCAAAUCCAGAACCAAGAGUUUGACGAGUUCGAGGGUAACGAUGUGGGGCUGUUUGCCACAGGUGUGUAUGACGCCGACGACGAUGAGGCCGACGCGGUGUAUGAGAGCGUCGCCGCCAGGAUGGAUUCGCGACGGAAGGAGCGACGGGAGGAGCGGCUCAAGCGCUCGAUCGAGCAGCGCCGCGAGAGCACUCCCACGAUCAAGGAGCUCCUGGCGGACGUGACGAGAACUCUGGUGGAGCUGCCCCCGCAAGAGUGGGAGAAGAUCCCCGACGCGACGAAUCUGUCGCGGCGGAAGAAGAAGGCGCGGUUUGAAAGCUAUGUUCCUCCGCCGGACACACUCCUUGAGAAGGCCCAAAAGGAGCGUAACACGGUCCUGGACCAGGGUGGUGGCGGCGCUACCGUGGUUGGCGGCGCCGCUAGUAGUAACAUCAGCAGCCUCACAGCCGUGGGCGAGGGACGCGGCACGGUUCUCUCGCUCAAGCUGGAUCGCUUGUCCGACUCGGUCAGUGGGCUCACGGUCGUGGAUCCCCGAGGCUACCUCACCGAUCUCAAGAGCAUGAAGAUCACCAGCGACGCGGAGAUCUCCGACAUGAAGAAGGCGCGCCUGCUGCUCAAGUCCGUGAUCCAGACCAAUCCAAAGCACGCGCCGGGGUGGAUGGCGGCGGCGCGGCUGGAGGAGGUGGCGGGGAAGAUCACCGCCGCGCGGAGCGUCAUCCACCAGGGGUGCCAGGAGUGUCCGAAGAACGAAGACGUGUGGCUCGAGGCAUGCAGGCUGACGAGCGGCGCCGCCGCCAAGGGAGUGAUCUCCGCGGCAGUGAAGGCGAUCCCCACGUCGGUGAAGCUGUGGAUGGCGGCGGCGGGGCUUGAGGAGGAGAGCGCCGCUAAGAGCCGCGUUCUUCGCAAGGGGCUCGAGUUUAUACCCGACUCGGUGCGGCUGUGGAAGGCGGUGGUGGAGCUGGCGAGCGAGGAGGAGGCGAGGAUCUUGCUGGGCCGCGCCACCGAGUGCUGCCGCCACCACGUGGAGCUAUGGCUGGCGCUGGCGAGGCUGGAGACUUACGACAAGGCGAGGGUGGUGCUCAACCGAGCUCGCGACGCGCUGCCAACCGAGCCCGUGAUCUGGAUCGCGGCAGCCAAGCUCGAGGAGGCGGCGGGGAAUGGCUCUCGCGUGGCAGAGAUCAUCGACCGCGCUAUACGGUCGCUGGAGAGGCUCGGGGUGGUGAUCGACCGCGAGUACUGGAUGAAGGAGGCGGAGGCGGCGGAGAGAGCGGCGGCGGCGGUGACUUGCGCGGCGAUCGUGAGGAGGACGAUCGGGUUGGGCGUGGAGGAGGAGGACAAGAAGAGGACGUUGGUGGCGGACGCGGAGGAGUGUCUCAAGAGGGGAUCGGUCGCGACCGCGAGGGCGAUCUUUACUCGCGCGCUGGAAGAGUUUCCUGGGAAGAAGAGCGUGUGGAUCAAGGCGGCGCUGCUGGAGAAGGGCCAUGGAUCGAGGGAAGCGGUGGACUCGCUGCUGGAGCGCGCUGUGGGGUGCUGUCCAAAGGCCGAGGUGUUGUGGCUCUUGGGAGCCAAGGAGAAGUGGCUAGCGGGAGACAUCGAUGGCGCUCGAGCGAUCCUCACGGCGGCAUACGUUGCGAUCCCGGAGUCCGAGGAGAUCUGGCUGGCGGCGUUCAAGCUCGAGUUUGAGAGCCGCGAGCCGGAGAGGGCCAGGAUCUUGCUGGCCAAGGCGAGGGAGCGCGGUGGCUGCUCGGAGAGAGUGUGGAUGAAGUCGGCGAUGGUGGAGCGGGAGCUGGGAAAGGUGGCGGAGGAAAGGCGGCUGCUCGAGGAGGGGCUCAAGCGCUUCCCGGGAUUCCACAAGCUGUGGCUGAUGCUCGGGCAGCUCGAGGAGAGAACUGGGAACCUCGCCGCCGCGAGGAGCGUGUACGAGCGAGCGCUGGAGAGGUGUGAUCCAGCGACGAGCACGCCGGUGUGGCUGGCGGCGGCGGAGCUCGAAGAGAAAGGUGGCGGGAUCGCGAAGGCGAGGGCGCUGCUCACGACGGCGCGGCUCAAGAAGAAGGAGGAUCCGGAGCUGUGGCUGGCGGCGAUUCGAGCGGAGGCGCGGGCGGGGAAGUGGAAGGAGGCGGAGGCGCUCAUGGCGAAAGCGCUCCAGGAGUGCCGGAGGAGCGGGAUCCUGUGGGCCGCGAGCGCGGAGAUGGCACCGCGGGCGCAGAGGAAGGCCAGGAGCUUCGAUGCGGUGAAGAACAGCGAGCAGGAUCCGUUCGUGGUGGCGGUGGUGGGGAAGUUCUUCUGGCAGGACCGCAAGGUUGACAAGGCGAGGAGCUGGAUCAAGCGGGCAGUGGCUGCGGCGCCGGAUAUCGGGGACUUUUGGGCGGUGCUGUAUCGGUUCGAGCAGGAGCACGGGAGCGCGGAGGCGAUCGAGGAGGUGGUGGAGAGAUGCAAGGCGGCGGAGCCGAAGCACGGCGAGCGGUGGAUCCGGGUGUCCAAGGCGGUGGAGAAUGCGCAUCAAGGGGUGGAGUUCGUGCUCGGAAAGGUGGCGGCGGGGUUUAGGAGGGACGAUAGUAUCGUCAUGCCGAGCUCCAGGCCAUAG